CUUUCAUUUCACGGCAGAGGCCAGAAGAGCAACAGAUAGUCGUAGGAAAUUAAAAAAUGGGGCGUCAGCCUUGUUCCAACAGCGAAAACCCUGCAUAAACAUAGGAAAACACCAAGUGGGUCCUUUUUUGGGACGUCAUGGCCCUACGUGCACACAUCCAGCUCCAUUAUAUAGCCAUUUUUAUGCCUCUUCCACAGGAGCUUCUGACCUCGGUCACUCUCACUCUCAUCAGCUUAGCUACACUCUCUCACACAGUCUCACUCCCCGUGAUUCUGCCCCUCUGCUUUAGCUAUCUUCUCCUUCCCAUCGUCUCGGCGACUGACUGGGUAACCCUUCUUCACCCCUCGCCACAGUGCCCAUGGAGCUCUACGCCGUGGUGAAGCCGUGCAGGCUGUACAAGAAGAGGAGCAGCAGCGGCGGCGGCGGCAAGGUGGCGAUGUGCGUGCGCAGCGGCGGCGACGGCGGCGCCGGCAAGAGCAGGCCGUCCUUCACCUGCCGGUGCGUGCGGCUCGUCAAGGAGCAGCGCGCGAGGUUCUACAUCAUGCGCCGCUGCGUCACGAUGCUCGUCUGCUGGCACGAGUACCAAUGAGAGGGUACUCGAUCGAUCGAUCGAUUCAUGGAGGGGGCGAGCAAAUGCGAUGAAGCUCUCUCUCUAGGACUUAAGGAACUUUGUGUAAAGAGAAUAGUAUCUUUUUUCCAUUUCUUUUCCUCAUUUUCCUUUCCUUUUUUUUUUCCUCUCUGAGGAGUAGAGCGAAUGAGUGGUGCAGUAGGCCGGCCAGUAGCCCAGCAUGCGUGGUCGCUGCACUGCGCAUUUUUAUUUCUAAUUUUUUGAUGUCAUGUGAGCGCAUGAGCAUCUAAAUAUAGACGGACGUACUCGAUCAAAA